AUAUUAUUUUAAAUAUAAAAAGAUAUUUUAAUAAAGAUAGUAAAGAUUUUUUUUAAAAAUAAAAAAUAAAUUAUUCAGCUCAAAAUAAAUUAAAGCUAUUUCUCAAGACAAUCAAGAUUGUGUUUUUGAUAAAAUGCCUCAACUAGAAAGCCAAGAAGACUUAUCUAAAUAGUCAGAUAAUGACUUUAAAAAUCAAGGGAAAUAAAAUGAAUCAGAUCUUGAUCAUAAAAAAAAAGUAUCAUUCUUAGAUAAUUUAGGUUAGAGUUCUUAGAUCAAUGAUAUAGUAAUUUAAGAAUAAAAUGUUUACAAAAUGCAAGAUUUUUCGAAAUAAAAGGAUAUUUUAGAACAAAUAAAUGAAUACAACUUUAAAGCAUAUCAAAAUGAAUAAUACAAAUAUUUAGACUAUGAUAAAAAACAAAUACAUAAUUCUAAUGUAAGAUAAUGGAGUAAAAAGCUAUUUGAAAUAGAAAAUUAAAAACUAGUUUUUAAUAAAUAAAUUUUAAGUUAAUAAAAAUGGAUAUUGAAGAUACUUAAAAAUAAAUAAUAUUAUUUAUGCAAGUGCUUUGAAUCAAAUGAGAACAGAACUAUUUUUAUAGGCUAUAAAUAAUAACCAAAUGGAUGUUAUGAAGAUUAUAUAUUCAUAAUCAAAUAAAAACCAACAGAAUCAGAAAUAAAUGAAUAUAAUAUUAUCAGAGAAUUUAAAGAGGAAGUCAAUCUUUUUAUUAUACCAAUCAAUUAGAUUCAUAUCUUUAUUUUAAAAAGGGAUGUUUAUAUUCAAUAUUAUAAUAUCUUUUCAAAGCUUAAACCUAUGAUUGAGUGGUCAAAUGAAUAAUUUAACUAAAUGAAUGAUAAAAUAUUAAAUUAGAAAAACUGCAAUUAAUGUAACGGAUGCAAACAUGGAUAAAAGUGUAACUAUUAUUUUAUUUUUUAAGAAUUUAAAUAAAACUAAGAUUUAAUUUUAAGAAAAUUGUAUGAAAAGCAAUACUGUCUUACCAAGUAUUUAAAUAAAGGAGGAUGUGGUUUAAUUUUUGAAGGCUAUAAACAUUCUUUCUUUGAAUAUCAAGAAUUAGCUUUCAAAAUUUUAUUUAAUGAAGAUGCUUAGACGGAAUAUAAUAUUAUGAAAAUGUUAGAUAUUAGUGAUCACGUGGUUAAAACUAUUGAACAUAUUAAAAUAAAUGAGACAAUAGAUGUUUUAGUUUUAGAAAAAUGUGAAUGCAGUUUAUAAGAAGAAUUAUAAAAAAUCUAAAAAGAAAGAAAGUUUCCUAGAUUGAAAUUGUAUUAAAUGAUAAAUCAGUUAAUAGAUGGUUUGAUUAAACUUAGAUUUAAAAAUAUUAUCCAUCUUGAUAUUAAACCAUCUAAUAUUCUCAUUACCAGAUAGGGUGAUUAUGUUUUUUCUGAUUUUGGUAUUUCAUCUGUUAAAAAAUAAUAAAAAAUUGAAAUUAAAGGUUUCACAUAAGGUUAUGCUUCCCCUGAAUAGAUUAAAGCAUUUCAUUCUCAUCCUAGUUUAAGCACUGAAACAGACUAUUAAUCUGAUAUUUAUUCUUUAGGGAUAACAUUUUUAAAAAUAAAUGAAUGCUAUGAACGCCUCAAGCCUGAUAAUAAAAAAUUCAUUACAUAAUUUAAAGAUAUAAUUAGAUAUGAUAUGCUUUAAUAAAAACCAAAGGAUAGAAAAAAUUGUUUAGAGUUACAUUUAUUAAUAUUAUAAAAAAUUUUAGGAAUCGGUUCCUUAUAAAUGGGUACAUCUCUAAUUAAUUUAUUAGACUCUUUAAAUAUUUUAUAAAAAUAUUCUGCCUAAAAUAUUAAUUCAAGUUAGAAAACAAUCGUAAAUGCUGAUACAACAUGUUUUGAAAAUUUUUUUGGAUAUCCUUUUAAAACUGUUGGUGACUAUUAAAAUUUAUUAAAAAGUAAUUUAUUAUCUCUAAAUAAAAUUAAAUAGAUUCCAAAUCCUCUUUCAAUAUAUGAAUCCUAUAUUACUGUUGUAUAAUGCUCUUAGAUAAUUGAUAAUUUAUAAAAUGCUUUAGACUAUUAUCAUGAGUAGCUUAAAAUUUAGUAAUAAAUUUACAGUAAAAAUACAACUAGAAAUGUCAAAAUUCUCAGUGAAAUAAGUGAAUUUUUAAGAUUUUCUGGAUAUUACUAAAAGGCAGCAGAAUAUACUGAGAAAUCUGUUUAAAUGGCAAAAUAAAUUUUUGUAGAGGAUCAUAUUGUUAUUGCUUCUACUCUACAUGAUGCUGGGCAAUGCUAUCAAAGUCUUGGUGAUAAUUAAAAGGCAUUAGAAUAUUUAUAUUAAUCUCUAGAUAUGAAAAGAAAAUUAUUUAAAGAGGAUCAUCACUCAAUAACGGAAACUCUUGAUAUAAUUGGAUAAUGCCAUUUAAAUCUUGGUUAAAACAAAAUGGCCUUAAAUUUUUUCUUAAAAAGUCUUGAAAUGACAUAAUCGCUUAUAGAUAAAAUCCGUCAAAUUGCAACAUUUAUGAAUAAAAAAGUUAAUUUUUAUCAAAAUAUUGGUGAUAAUUAAAAGGCUUUGGAUUAUUUAGAAAAAUCUCUUAAUGAUAUUUCAUAGUCUCUGAAUAAUAUAGGGAAAUACUAUUUGUUAAGGGAUGAUACAAGUAGUUUUUAAAUUAUUUGUUGGAAUCUCUUGAAAUCAGAAUAUAUCCAUUUGUCUACAAUUUCUUGGUCGUAACUAUAAAAUUAUGUUAAAGAAAUCUCUAAAAAUUAAUAGUGAAUUUUUCAAAUCGAAUCACCUUGAAAUAGCAAGAUGUCUCAAUAAUCUUGGGGAAUGUUAUUUAGAUUGUGGAGAUGAUAAAAAAGCUUUAAAAUACUUUAAGGAGUCUUUAAAAAUCUUCAUAUAAUAACCCAAAUAUGAUUAUCUAUCAAUAACAACAUGUCUCAAUAAUAUUGGAUUAAUUUAUUC